AUAGUGUCAAGAGCAAAUUGAUCUGGAUUGUUUUCAUCCCCCAAUUAUAACAAUUGAAUAAUACCACAGUGGUCAUCUCAUCUCUCAUCCCCAAGAAAAAUCAAUGGAGGAAGUGUGGAAAGACAUCAGUCUCUCUUCUCUCCAACACACCUAUAACUGCACCCACCAACUCAACUUCCAAGACUUCCUACCUCCUUCCACCACCAAAGACCCACCACCACCCACAAGGGUUUAUGAACCCUCCUCCGCCAGAAGCGGCGGCCCCACCGCCUUCGGUCCCCUUGCGCCGCCUCCGGCCACCGUAUUGAGCUUGAGUUCAGGUGGGUCCGAUGAGUUGUUCUGUGGCCUUGAAAAGUCCGAUCGGACAAGGUCACACCCACAAUUGCAAAGUCAUACCUAUGGUAGAAAUCCCUUGGAAGCUUUGGUGAAGAAAAGGGUUAAUGAAGAUAGUGAUCGGCGACACAAGCGCUUGAUGAAGAACAGAGAGUCUGCUGACCGUUCAAGAGCUAGAAAACAGGCAUACACAAAUGAGCUGGAGAAUGAAGUUGGACGUUUGUUGAAAGAAAAUGCUAAUCUCAGAAGACAACUAGACAAGUUUUGUUCGGAGGCAACUUCUGCGCAGGUUCCAAAAAAGCACACUCUCCAGCGAACCUUAACUGCACCUUUUUAAGAAUUUACCAAAUGGAGAGAGAGAAAAGUCAAUAAAAAUGUAACAAAAAAUAUUUUUAUCAGAUAUAUGGCUGGAAAACAAGAGAGAGAGAGAGAACGAAAGCUGGAGGAAGAAAACAAUGGUGAGUAAGGUGUUGGCAUUUUUAAUGACAUUAUUAUUAGUGUGCAGUGAGGUAUGUAUGUAUGAGUACAUAAAUAUGUGCUAAGAAAGGGAUGAUGAAGGGCAAGUGGGUUUUGCUAUUUAAAGACGUGCAGUACAUGUAUGAUGGGACGUCAUUACUAUGAAGUUAUUUAAAAAUCUUUGUUAAAUCUUAUCUCUCUGUCUCACUCUUUCGCA